AUGAAGACGUCCAUCAUCUCGAAGCGCUUUUUUCCAGCAGUCUUGCUGGGAGAGUCGUUCCUUCGUGUAUCCUCUCUGAGUCUCGCUAUCCGACCUAAGAGUGACCCUGGAUUGGACUAUCGAUUUUCUGGCAUCGCGCCUAGCCAACGUCCUCCUGAUUACCAAGCUCCGACCUAUGGUUAUGAGAAUCCGCCUCCAUACCAGUAUGAUACUUCGACCUUGACCACCACCGACAUCAGCAAAAGCAGCUCAACGCCCCCCGACGUCAUUUACACCAUCAUCACGAUUGUCACAGAUCAGUCCUCUAGCACUUCCAAAAGAUCACUCAGCUCCAUCGAUCCCUAUAUGCCGUAUUCUUCGUCCACCUCAGUAUCCAGAUCAUGGCCACAAAGUUCAAUUCUGGGUGUCACUGGAACGUCGGCGUCCGAUGAGUCUACAUUUGCUUCAAGUACAGCUACCUUGGGAUUGGCCACGGAAACUGCAUCUUCCCUGAGUUGGUCAACGGUUUCGAAAUCCGCCUCAAAGGGAGUUCCUCCCGAGGACACAUCUUGGGCUGCCAGUAUCACCAGCUCCGUGACUCAAACUCCAACGGCAACAAAUACCAAAGACAUGUCCUCUGUCGGCUCUUCAGCAUCUUCUUUGCCGUCUUCUGAAAGCUCCGAACCUGCUAUUACUUCUGGUUCAAGCCACCAGGGUAAUACUGGACCAACGUCUGUUAUUACUCCCACACAGACGUUGACAGAGACCGUGUCCGUUGUGUCGCCGUCAUCACCUCUUGAGUCUUCUGAGACAUUGUCACCAAAGUCAGGCAAGCACACCAUCAGAUCGCCUUCCGACGAGAACAUCGAUCAAGCAGAUCGAGACAAGUUCGCGCUCCAACCUCUCGACAGUUGUCGGCUCUCAAAGUACACCUUUGUCAGGUCCCCCAACUGUGAUUGA